AUGUACAAACUUCAUUUUAUUUUAGCCACCAUUGUAGAAUUAAUGGCGAAGAAAACGUUAUCCGUUUUUAUCAUUCUGUACUUUUUGCCUCAUUUAUACGCUUUGCGAUUGACAGAUCCAUUUACAAAAUAUUCUCAGCUCAAUCUUCCUCCUGGACCAGUUGGUCCCGAUUCGGUUGCCCUGAAUCCAUCCAAUAAAGGUCCCUACGUGGGUGUAAGCGAUGGCAGAAUCCUCAAAUACAAUGGUCGGGAGUUUGAGGAUUUUGCUUGGAUUUCCCCGAACAGGUCUAAAGCACUAUGCGAUGGCGUGAGAAACUUAACUAUGGGUCGAACAUGCGGAAGGACGUUAGGGUUCAGUUUUGAUCCCCAAACUGGGGACCUGUAUGUUGUGGGUGCUUAUGGUGGAUUUUAUAGAGUUGGACCAAAAGGUGGACUAGCCAAGAAGAUUGCAUCGGGGGUAAACAACGUGCCGUUCAAAUUUCUUAACGGCAUUGACUUUGAUCCGUACCGACGAGUUGUUUACUUCACAGAUACCAGUUCGAAAUACAACUUCACGGAUGUUCUUAUGGGAAACCCUCUCAGUUCAAAAGAUUCAACCGGAAGAUUGAUAGAAUACGACACUAGAACCGGAAAACUGAGAGUUUUGUUAGACAAACUUCAUCUUCCCACAGGGCCGGCGGCGAGUGGAGACGGUAGAUAUGUAAUGUACGGUUCUUUCGGCACGCAUCAAAUUUUCAAGUAUUACUUCAAAGGAGAACCCCAAAAGGUGUUAGAUUUACCAGGUUAUCCUCUCAAGAUAAAAAGAUCCCCCGAGUCCGGGUUGUUUUGGGUGCCAGUAAACGUGGUGGUUCGGCAAAAACCACUUUUGAUUCAUUCCUUUGGUUACAAGUUCAAUUCGACGGGCGGCGUUAUUUUGGCCAAAAGUUUUGCCGCACAGUAUUCCGGAGUUCAAGUGAAUAUUGUGCAAGAGUAUCGCAGCAAUCUUGGAAGAAGAAGAUUGUACGUUGGCUCAAUAAAUGUUGCUUUCGUUGGCGUCUACGAGAGCUGAUGGUUAUGAUGGCCACGCGCUCGUUACAAAUAUUACCCC